AUGUGUUUGGCCACGAAAAGAGAGCACUCUGGCGGAUUAAUCAACCCGUCAUUCAAGAGACAGCAGCGCAAUAACAAGUGCAGCUCCGAAUAUGCCUGUCUGGGCCAUCUCGUGAACUUGAUACCUGGUAAAGAACAACAAGUUGAAAUAUCGAAUAGGAGCGUUACUACGAUAGGUCGAAGUAGGUCGUGCGAUGUCAUACUCAACGAGCCUGAUAUCUCGACUUUCCAUGCAGAGUUUCAUCUGCUGCAAAUGAAUGUGGAUAGCUUCCAAAGAAAUUUGAUCAAUGUUAUUGAUAAAAGCAGAAACGGAACUUUCAUUAAUGGCAACCGUUUGGUGAAGAAAGACUACAUCUUGAAAAACGGUGAUAGAAUUGUCUUUGGUAAGAGUUGUUCCUUUCUGUUUAAGUAUGCAUCCUCGUCCUUCGCAGAUUUGGAAAAUGAUGAUGGAAGUGCAGGCCCAGAGACACACCCGUCUAAGAACGGCGACGACGUCUUCAAAAAACCACAAAUAGGUGCUGCAAGUAGCCAAAAUUCUAUCAUUGGUUCUGUCCCUAAGAAAACGAUCAAGACAAAACCUGUUUCCUUUUUUGAUAAAUACCUACUCGGUAAAGAGUUAGGUGCAGGGCAUUAUGCCUUGGUAAAGGAGGCUAAAAAUAAAAAAAGUGGUCAACAAGUGGCGGUGAAGAUAUUUCACGCCCAACAAAAUGAUGAUCAAAAGAAGAAUAAACAAUUUAGAGAGGAAACUAAUAUUUUAAUGAGAGUACAUCAUCCAAACAUUGUUAACCUACUAGAUAGUUUUGUAGAACCGAUCAGCAAAUCUCAGAUACAGAAAUAUUUAGUGCUGGAGAAGAUCGAUGAUGGUGAAUUAUUCGAAAGAAUCGUCAGGAAAACAUGUCUAAGACAAGAUGAGUCAAAGGCCCUAUUCAAACAAUUACUAACCGGGUUGAAGUACUUACAUGAACAAAAUAUCAUUCAUAGGGACAUCAAGCCUGAAAAUAUCCUACUGAACAUUACAAGGCGCGAAAAUUCAAAUCAAGCCCAACUGGGCCCAUGGGAUGAAGAUGAAAUUGAUAUUCAAGUUAAGAUAGCAGAUUUUGGCCUGGCAAAAUUUACAGGUGAAAUGCAGUUCACGAAUACUCUUUGUGGUACUCCAUCUUAUGUGGCACCUGAAGUUCUCACAAAGAAGGGAUAUUCAUCAAAAGUAGAUCUUUGGAGUGCAGGUGUCAUACUGUAUGUAUGCUUGUGUGGUUUCCCGCCAUUCAGUGAUCAAUUAGGGCCACCUUCAUUAAAGGAGCAGAUCUUGCAAGCUAAAUAUGCGUUUUACUCUCCAUACUGGGACAAAAUCGAUGAUUUGGUAUUGCAUUUGAUUUCUAAUCUUUUGGUCUUAAAUCCUGAUGAAAGAUAUAAUAUCGAUGAGGCCAUGGACCAUCCUUGGUUCAAAGACCUACAGCAACAAAAUUCAGUCUCAUUGGAAUUGCAACGUUUACAAAUUACUGACAAUAAAGUACCCAAGACAUACUCCGAAUUGUCUUGCCUCUGA